UUUGACAAAUACAGUAAAAAUAAAAAAUUAUUUGUAUCAUUGAAUUACAUUUCAUGCGAGCCAUGGGUUGGAGGCAAAGAUAACUACUAUGCCUUCGCAAAGGCUGAGAACCCACUCUUAAAACCUCCUAAAGUGAGAAAACCGCCGUAUAUUCCAACGAACAUCGAUUGCUUGGACACUUUUGGGAAGAUUCGACUAAACGCCAACCAAAAUGGUUUGUCGCCAAAGAAUACACUUUGCGGUGAUCUUAACCUCGGGUUUGUGCCUAAAAACCCAAUGGGACAGAAUGUGUUGGGACAGCCCUACCCUUUCGAUAUAAUAAAGAACAAAACUCUUCACUUUCUGGCAAAUGCUUUACCAGUUUUGAAGCAAAGAAUGCAUACCAUUCCUAAAGUGGCCAAACUUUUUAAGCCAUCCGAUAUAUUUGAACAGCCUUCAGUCCCAUCCCAUCGACGGUUUGCUCGCGAAGCAAACGCCAGUUCAUCCGCAGGUGUAUUGAGUGAAGUGAAAACAAUUAAUAAUUCUGAGAAAAAUGGGACCGACUUUUUAAGACAAAAUCUAUGCGAAGGAAAUUCAAUAUGUCAAGCAUUUGAUGCUCUAAAAUCUGACGGACCCUUUUCCAAGACUUUUCUGAGUAACGUUGUGUCCGCCGUCUCUAAUGCGGCCACAAUUGGUAACAUAGCAUCGAUGGUCAACCAAUAUGGGGGACAGUUGAGUGAUUUGCAACCCAAUAACAACAAUAUGAAUGCAAAUAAUGACAAUAAAUCAACCAUUUCUCAAGUGUUGUCCACUUUGUCCACAAUAAGCGGAUCCAAUAACUAUAGUCCUUGGAUUUCAAUAAUCGAUUACAUUUCAAGUUUUCAGAAUUCAAAUAAAUUUCCGUCAAGACGUCGAAAACCACUCGAACCCGAAGAUCUACUGCCAGAACCUACUGAACAGUCAACCACUCCCUGUCCAGCCAUCGAAGAAUAUAUUUCUCCCACUUUUGCCCGUAAUUAUCAGGGAAUCUGGAAAUAUGUCGUUCAGAUUCCGAGCGAAGGUAAAAACAAAUGUGAUUUUAUAGAUGGAGCAUGUUCUGAAUCACCAAGAUGGGUCAGUUUAUUAGUGGCAGAGAUAUACUAUCCGGACGUUUACUUUCCAGUGUCGGGCGAAAAACCUCUAAAUCAUAUGAAUAUAAAUCAAAACAAUCAAAUAAUUAGUGUUAAAAACAAUCAUAAACUAAAAACAAGAAUCACUCCAUCCAUGAAUUUUCCCACAUAUGGGGAUGACUUGAGACGAAUGGAUGUUUCAGAAGAACAGCAAAAUAAGAGACAACAAAUCACACCAAGAAAUGGCAGAAAAGUGUCGACAAAAAUUAAAAUGCAAGACAUCGACGGUCUGGACGAUGAGAUGGUGGCGAAGACCAGCAAAACGCCGGUCAAGGAGUGUGACGGUUACGACAAAAUAGGCUGUUAUGUGGUUCGCGUAUAUUAUGACUGGUUUCUGGUGAACGGCAGCUGCAAGUGCUGGAAGUCUGUCAAAGGAAACCAAUACAACAGCAUUAAUGAAGCCAUUAAAAGGAUAUUCAUCGGCAAGUGGUAG